AUGGGAGAUGAGGAUGUUGAUGGGAAGUGUAGAAUCAUGUCAGCAUGUUCCUCGGCCAAACUCUUUCUCUUCAUGGUUCCUCUUGUUCUCGUUUCUGGUUUCGUCUUUGUAAAUAUUGGUCCUAAAUGUCCAACAUCUUUCUUAACCUCUUUGUCCACCACUCAUAUUUCUCCUCCUCUUCUUCUUUCUUCUCCAUCUCUGCCUCCGGCCCCGGCACCGGCACCGGCACCAUCUCUACAGGCGGCGAAGGAAGUGUCGUUGCCAACAUCAGCUUUAUCGACUAAAGUGGAAUCUGUUCAGGGUGAUAAAAAUCGGACAAUUCAAUUGAACCCGAUCAACAUUACUUUGGUAAGUAAUAACGUCACUUCUACGGCAUCGUCGGAACUAAUGAAGAAAAGAGUUACUAAAAAAAUAGACAAAAUCGAAUUCGAACUACAAAAGGCUCGAGUCGCCAUUAAAGCCGCUUCGAUGGACGAUCCCGUGGACGACCCGGACUAUGUACCUAUUGGUCCGAUGUAUUGGAAUGCCAAGGUCUUUCAUCGGAGCUACUUGGAGAUGGAGAAACAAUUCAAGAUAUUCGUGUACAAAGAAGGUGACCCACCGUUGUUCCACGAUGGUCCAUGCAAAAGCAUAUACUCUAUGGAAGGAAACUUCAUCUACGAGAUGGAAAGGGAUACCCACUUCCGUACCAAUAAUCCGGACAAGGCCCACGCCUUUUAUUUACCUCUCAGUGUCGUAAAGAUGGUAAGAUACGUGUAUCAACGUGACUCCCACGAUUUUGGCCCCAUCCGAAGAACCGUGAGGGAUUACAUCGAUCUUGUUAGCGAUAGGUAUCCUUAUUGGAACCGUAGCAUCGGAGCUGACCAUUUCAUACUCUCUUGCCAUGACUGGGGUCCUGAGGCAAGCUUUUCUCAUCCACAUUUAGGACAAAACUCGAUCCGAGCUCUAUGCAAUGCCAACACGUCUGAGAGAUUCAAACCGAGAAAAGAUGUCUCCAUACCAGAGAUCAACCUACGGACCGGUUCCUUAAAAGGAUUAGUCGGUGGCCCAUCACCUUCUAUACGUCCCAUCCUUGCCUUCUUUGCGGGAGGUGUACACGGACCGGUAAGGCCGGUCUUGCUCCAACAUUGGGAGAACAAAGACAAUGACAUUAGAGUGCACAAGUAUCUCCCUAAAGGAACGUCUUAUCCAGACAUGAUGCGGAGCAGCAAGUUCUGCUUAUGUCCGAGCGGCUACGAGGUUGCGAGCCCUAGGAUCGUCGAGGCGCUUUACUCGGGAUGCGUUCCGGUUUUGAUAAACUCAGGGUACGUCCCACCUUUCAGCGAUGUGUUGAAUUGGAGAUCGUUCUCGGUGAUCGUUUCCGUGGAGGACAUACCAAAGUUGAAGACGAUCUUGACGUCCAUAUCGCCUAGACAGUAUCUAAAGAUGUACCGGAGAGUGUUGAAGGUAAGGAGGCAUUUUGAGGUGAAUUCUCCGGCUAAGAGGUUUGAUGUGUUUCAUAUGAUUCUUCAUUCAAUAUGGGUAAGGAGAUUGAAUGUGAGGAUACGUGAGGUGUAAGUUAUGGGUUGGUUUGUAGAUUUUUGUUUGUUUCGGUUGUGAAAUGAAAUGUCCGGGAAAGUGGUCCUGUAUAAAUAAUAACUUCUCUUCAUUAAAUCUGUAAUAAACAAAUAAUGCAUCGUUUGUUUCGUAUUUCUUAUUUUAUUUAUUUAGAAAUUAAUCAAAGAAUCAGUAUGAAAAUUUGUUGAUUCAUUGAAGAACCGUGACUAUUGAUCAGAUUAUUAGGUGGAAUGUUGGUGUUUAUUCUGUUAAUUAAUUAAUUUAGAGUUGAUAUUACAUUAUAUAUAUAUGAAGUUUGGGCUUGGGCUCAACUAAACUGACCUUUAAAUGGGCGAAAACCAGAAAGCACUAGCUUUUCUGGUAAAUCAAUGAGAACUGGAUGGAUUCCUCGUGGGCUUUCCUUAAUGGGUUUAAGUUUCUUGCUUAAAUUAGGCUUCCACUUGUGUAUUAAAAAAAAUGAAGCAAAGAAGCCAGCAUGCAGCCAAAGCAAGAGAAAACACAAAGGCAAAAGCAACUUUCAAAUAAAGAUACCAUGGAAUGAAUAUAUUGAUCAGCGUGAGACACAAGAACGUUACAUUUAUGUUUUCAGAUCGUACAAUGAGCAAAAGCUUGUCUCUUAGUUGCAACACAACUUGAAAGUACCAUGACUAGUCUAAAGCUCUCUGUCUCUAAGAUCAGCAGCAGCUAUCACGGGUAAGGCGGCCAGCAAGAAGAAGCGACAACCAUCUGAUUGUUGUAUUGAUCAGUACCGUACACUUUAGUGGUCACCACAGAUGGAAUCUCCGUCGUGUCUUCCCCACUGGUCACACCGGAGAUCUGCUUCUUGAUUAGUCCAUGGUCUCUUAGUAUAGCUCUCAGCUUCUUCACCUGCGUUACAAAUCAAUUUUUUUUGGAGGGGGUUUCUCUGAUUGAAUCAAGAAGUAAAAUAUAAAACAAAAAUAACGGAUAGUAUUUAAUUAGACCCUAUUAUUUUAAAUGAGUGCAAUAUUGUACACAGACCUCCUCAUGUAGCAUCUGCUUCUCUCUACAGACCACGUCGUACUCUUUCCUAAGCGAAUCGUACAGCUGCUCGAGCUGUUUUGCCUUCCAGCGUGCACGACGGUUCUGGAACCAAACCGCUAUCUGACGUGGCUGCAAACCAAGCUCUCUUGACAGCUUUAGCUUCCUGUCUGAAUCAAGUUUGAUCUCAUCUUGAAAACUCCGUUCAAGUGAAGCUAAUUGUCCACUCGUUAGUCUCUUCUUUUUUGUUAUCUCGUUGUUGUUGCUUGGUAAUCGGUACGCAUUAAUGAUCUUGUCUGGUUCAGGUACAGAGAUAACCGGUCCGGUUUGCGUAUCAGCAGGCGUGUAUGAAUUUCCUGCUGUAACACAAACAGUAUUAUUUUUUAGCAAACGCCUAGCAGUUGUUCAAAAAAAAAAAAAAAUAGCAAACGCCUAGCUAGAAAAA